AUCCUAGUCGCAUUCGUCCGUGUCGAGUUUGAGCACCGGAGUGUAUGCGCCGGACGAGUAGUCGGGCGCCUGUAGCAUCAUGGGCCGAUCGUGUUCGCGUCUGUGUCAUGCCACAGCCUCAUGUCGGCGUGCCGCGUCCCUCGAGCCAGCUGACGACCACCUCAGUGGCACCUCUCCUCCCACUCAGUAGCCAAAAAUGAUAGUACGCACCGAUUCGUUCUGUCUAGAAUUAGACACUCAAUGGACAUACUUAUACGCAUAGUCAGCUCCCAGGGCGAGAGCCAUGUUCUUGCAUACGAAGGCUGCCGCCAUGAUGGCGUAUGGGUGGUUUAGCCUGAAGGGACUAGCAGUGGACCAAUUCAUCAGCUCCCAGAAGGGUGGGCACAGCCAGUUUCUCACUAUCAUUGGACUCUGGAUGGCAAUCACGACCAUGACGUUGGGGCUAGCAUCCGACGUAUGGCCCUCAAUCACGAUGUUCGGGAAAAUCAAGAGACUUGUCCUUAUGGUCGCUCUACCGAUCUCUACCAUCGUUACAUCGGUAUACUGGACCCUCCUUAUAUUCUGGACCGAAAUGAUCCUCGCUGCAAGGCCCCUCCCAAUCGACUCGCCCAACCCUGAUGAACUCGUGCCAUCAUUCUCGGAGCCCACAAUUAUGCGCAUCCCACUGCGGAUCGACCUGGCGCUUCACGCAGUCCCAGCAAUCUCGCUGCUUCUGGAUUUCUUCUGUUUUGAGCGCAGGUACUCGCGCGGCCAGGCCAUAUAUGGUGGCAUCAUCAUGACGGCUUUGGCUUGCUUGUCGUAUGCGCCGUGGAUCGAGCACUGUGCCAAAGUCAAUGGGUCUUUCCCCUACCCGUUCUUGACGGAGAGUCCGUUCGAUGUCCGGGUCAUGAUCUAUGCUGGUCUGAGCACGUUUGCUCUGGUGUUCUUCUGGAUUAUGAAUGCAUUGCAUUCAUGAGGAUGUCCAAGUUGUUGAUAGAUCUUUCUGUGUCCAUGAUCCGUGUGGUAGACUAAGACAACAUCGACAUUUGCUAACAAUUGCUCUAUAAGACUGUCCGUGCAUUUAUAUGAAUCCUUUACAUGUGGGAC